GGUCCCAACGGCGUUGUUAUCGACUCAUUUACAAUUGUAAACAGUCAUCAUGGAAAAGACCAGUUCACCUGCCAUCUAGAACCAGAAAGUCAGGAAAAACCUUGGACUGCAAUCCAACCAGCGAAGAAAGCCAUAUUGAGGAAUGUUGGAACGAGUCGCGCCUGGGCCCGGCUUUUUGCACCCUAA